AUGGUUACCAGGGGCUUAUGGAAUCUACGUGUUGAUGGAAAAUGGUACCGCUCGUUUAACCCACCACGGGGGCGUAUAACGUCUCCCAACACACCUGCGACUUUGCAAGCAAUCAGAAAAAUAAUUCAGGAGACUAGUGUUAAUAGCUGGGAGCCAGUACCAUUCCCUACCCCGCUUCAUAUCGACCUUGACUAUGUAUAUAACAUCGAUAAAGAUUCAGGAAUAUUGACGAUUACCCAAUGGGACGGAGUUGAGGGUGUACUAACACGCCUAGUUAGACAGGCAAAGCUGUCUGAAGUUCAAGAUUCCUCGCUCGCUACAAUUGAGGUUAUUCUUAAGACUGUGGAGGAUUUCCCCAUUCAGCACAACACACAGCACGAUCAAACCCAAUCAUCUGCAGCGCUGAAGGUAGACAUCGGAACACCGACAUCCUUGAACGAGCUUCAGUUCCGACUGUUCACCGACCUUGUUCUUCUAUGGAAAUUCUAUUUUGAUGACGUUGCAUCUUGGUCACACGAACCUUUUCUCAAAACCCUUGCCAUUGGAAUUCUGCGUAUUGCCGCAUGGGACUUUGAGGUAUUACUCGAUACAGAUACGGCUGAGAUCCCAAUUAAGUUUUAUUCUGUCCCGAGUUGGUCAGUUCCUUCUGGGAACAUAUUCUGGUUUCAUGGUUUCCUUGUCACGCUCUACAGUGCCACUGAGUUGGUCGACAACGCUAUUCUGAAGGCCAAAUCAUUUUUAGAUAAGGACCAGUGCACGGAAAACCAUGCUCGUGUCAUCCUUAUCUCUCUAAGCCAUGUUACGCUUGUUGAGAUAAAUGGUACAUGCAUCAUGCGCUCUUCAACCAUACCGCUGGUUGUGAACUCAUCUGCAUUGCACCCUUCGCCUGGAUUUCGAGUUUUGGCCUCUAUUCUAUCGUCUUACUCUUGGAAUAUACGCGAUCACAAAGAAACAUGGGAGAUAAACCUUCCUACUGAGCUUUUCGAUAGAAUACUCAAGUCCUUGGUGCCAAAGGACAUCAUGUCAUUUGCUCAAGCCUCUUUCACCGUGGAAAAAUGGUAUUACUCAUCUCUACCACAGCUUAAUGGCCUUCAUGUGCAGAGCUUUGACUUUUCAAUACCGUGCUGUGGGAAACAAUUUCAGCCUAACAUAGAUAGUGUUUACUGCUCCAGCUGCUAUGUCUGGUCACAUAAGAAGUGCGUUGGUCUGGCCUGUGAGAUAAAAGAGGAUGGGUACAUAUGUUCUGAAUGCCGACAGAAUAAGACCUGUACUAUUUUGGAAACUGGUGGGAUUUACGGGGCAUAUCGCAAAAGAAAAUCCAGGUCGGGAUGCCAAGUCGCUAUUAAUGGUGUGAGAAAGACUCUCCACUUACGCUUGGGCAAGCCAGCAAGCCGGCGGCCAGAGUUAUGGCUUAUCCGGGGCAUGUCUGUUCCUCCGAAGACCAUAAACUACACAAUCUAUUUUAGUGGUGUUUUCUCCGGGCUAGCAUAUGGUAUUGAUGAAGCGUAA